AUGAAUCAGCCUGCACUCUUUGAAGAUGGAACAAUCAAACUAGGUAAAGCAAUGAAGAGACACACUGGAGACUAUGUGCUGGAAGAAUUUGGAUCUGAUGGGGUUUUAUUGAAAAAAGUGAAUGUGCAUCUAGUAAUACAAGCUCCAGUGUCAAUGCCAGCUGUUUCUCAGAUGUGUUUGUCACCAGAACAGAUGAGCAUCAGCUGCUCCUCUGAGGGAGAUGAAGUAGAGUUCAUUCUGACUUUGGAUGAUCUUUUACUGUACAACAGUACAGCAAACAUGGGGUCACUGGCUGAUAGUACAGCAAAACAAAACAAAUCAAGUAAUUCAAAUGUUACCGUCACCUUACAUGGUCAGCUGACAGGAAACCUGAAGUGUCUUGUUUUAAACUACAUUAGCAGAGAUGAAACAGUUAUUCGCCUGAAAAGCUGCAAAGAUUUAGUUUCUUCCUUCCCUGGUGUGACUUUGGCUGUGGCAGCUGGUGUUGUUGCUCUCCUUCUCCUUGUGGCGCUGUGUCUUGGAGUCCUAAAACCUCGUAACCAACCCAGACCAACAACUAUCAGUGAGGGUAACUCUGAAGAUGAAAUUAUCUACACAGCUGUUAGAAUAAUAGAGAAUACAAGGAAAACCAGACCCAACUCACAUCAGAAUGCAACAUAAUUUUCUCCUAAAACAUCAUUAAGCACCAGCCCUGUUUUGGACCCCAAAGUUUCUGUUCUUGGGAAUCUAUCCUGGAGAUAGAUAAAAUGUAAUCAGAGGUCAUUGUGUUUAUGGCUUGAAAAAAAAAAGUCACUGUUGUCACUGUUGCUUAGACCA